CGAUCUAUCCCAGCAUGCAUUGCGCUGGCUCGUUAGAUCGGUUGGAUCAUGGACCAAAGCGACAAUGAUCUUCAAGGAAGCGAUGGCUCUGGGAGCUUGGGGGGUCCAGAUGUUCGCAGACGGAUCCCAAUCAAACUCAUAUCCAAACAGCCUCUAAGGAGUAAACCUCAGCCCCGCAUCCAGAGACCCAGUGGCAGGCCAUGUAAAAGUGAAUCUGGAGAGGAUGAUAACUUUGGCUUCAAGCAAGAGGAGAGGUUCGAUUGUGGAGCUAAAGCUGGUGAUGUGUUCGCAAAUCAGAGGAGAUAUCCCCAGCCGCUGUUUUGGGACUAUAAGUUAAAUUUGAUUGGAGAAAGGGAUGAAGUACCAAUUCACUUCUGUGACAAAUGCGGUCUUCCUAUUCAGCUGUAUGGACGGAUGAUUCCAUGUAAACAUGUUUUCUGUUAUGACUGUGCUUUGCUUCAUGAGAAGAAAGGAGAGAAGAUGUGCCCAGGUCUCAAUCUCUACAACUGCACAGACCCGGUGCAGCGUAUCGAGCAGUGCCAGCGUGGUUCCCUCUACAUGUGCAGUGUUGUGCCAGGAUGCAAGCGCACUUACCUGUCCCAGCGUGACCUGCAGGCCCAUGUCAAUCAUCGUCACAUGAGAGCCGCCAAGUCCUCCGCAGGCCGCCAGGAACCUGUGCACCUGCCCCCGACAUCUGAUGUUACUGACCGAUUCCGUGUGCCUCCGCCUCACUUAUCCAAGAACCACGUUCAUCUCCCCAACCCUCUUCAACAUGGCGGUCACGACCCUUACAGUCAGCCACCACCACCGACCGGUCAUGAAGGCCCGCCCCCGCCCUCUGGCCUCGGCCCUGAGACAUUCCGUAUUGCCACAGUAACUACGCGUAAGCACAGCAAUCUCAUUACAGUGCCCAUCCAAGAUGACUCUUCAUCCUCUCGAGAGCCCCACUCUGGUGGGCCGGGUCCUUCUCAGCCUCCCCACCACCACCCUGGGGACUAUCCAGGGCAGCCACCUGUAGUGUCCCACUCUCACCACAUGAUGGCCCCACCACAGCAGCACUUUGGCCCUCCGCCUCCUCCACCUCCUCCUAUUAGUCACCCCAUGCAGCAUCCUCCUCAGGCCUCUGGGACACCCCAUUUGGUGUACAACCAGGCACCCCCUCCACCCAUGUCCGCUGCUCCUCCACCAAUAACUCCUCCACCGGGGCACAUACUGGGCCAAAUGCCCCCUUACAUGAACCACCCACCCCCAGGACCUCCACCACAGCACAGUGGUCCCCCUGUUAAUGCACCCCCACCCCAUCACUAUAACCCAAACUCAAUGCAGCAGUUCCCAGAAGACCAGGGCACCCUCAGUCCCCCGUUUAACCAGCCAGGAGGUCUCAGUCCUGGAAUGUGGCCCGCUCCAAGAGGGCCGCCUCCUCCUCGGAUGCAGGGUCCUCCUCCCCAAGGCCAGAUGCCAGGACCACAUCACCCAGAUCAGGGCCGUUACCGGCCAUAUUAUCAGUAACCUGCCAACUGACGGGCAGCAGUGUGUGUCAUUCUGUUUCAUACCACUUGUCUGAACAAUGUGAUAGUAAACCUCAGGGUUACCAGAUGUAGGACGUUCAUUUUGAUAAAACUGCCCCAAAGCAAGUGUGUAUGUGGUGCACAUUUUAGUUAACUGUACUGAACUUUAAACAUAAUAUAGACUUUCAGAAGAGCAGGAAUGUCCCUUUUUUAAUAGCGUAUGGUUAAAUAUUUCUGUAAAUAUGUCAGCUGAUUUCACGCACACGUGCUGUACAUUGACAAUGUUAACUCUGUCUCAAUAAAUUUUUAACGGCCAUC